AUGACUUCUGGACCGGGAAAUUAUGACGAAGAUGUGGUAAUUUUGGAGGAUAGCAAUGAUAGUUUCACAUUGUCUGACGAACAAAACAACCAUCGAGUCAUAUUGGAAAGCCAUUCAUUUAUUGAAGCAGGAAAUACUGCGGAUGAUCCACAUUAUCGAGCAGCACGUGUCAUCUGGAGCAGUGAUGAAGAGGCUGAUGAUGAUAAUGUGACUAAGAAGCGUCGCCGUAAACCUUCUAAUAAUGGGAUUGAAGAUGAUGAAACGAACAGUUGUUCAAUUUGUUUUGAAGCAUAUACAGCUUCAGGUUCGCAUAGAAUUGUAUGUUUGAAGUGUGGACAUCUGUUCGGACAAUCCUGUAUUGAAAGAUGGAUUCGGACCGAAAAAGUUGGAAAAUGUCCACAAUGUAAGGCUAAAGCACGACUUACUGAUAUACGCCGCUUAUAUGUACGGGCUAUAAAGGCACUUGAUACAACGGAACUGGAAUGUUUAAAACAGGUAAAUAACGUAUAUAGAGCCGAAAACGAUAGCUUACGUAUUGAAAAUCAGCGUUUAAAAGAAAAAAUUAUAAAAGAUGGAAAGCAUAACCCAUACAAGGUUGAGAUGGAAAGAUUAAGCAUUGAAAAUGCGCAAUUAAAGGCGAAAAUAGCCGUUCAAGAGAAGCUUGCAAGCAAAUUGCGAUCGACAGUACCCCCUGCUGCUAAAAUGAUGAAAGGUGCUUAUUUUUCAUUGCUCGCGGGCCCGACUCUUCAUUUGUCAUCAGAACCAGGUUCUCGAUCGCUAGAUGCUAAUGGCGAAUAUUUUGUAGUGGCUUGUAAAGUUAGAAACGAUCUGUUUAUGCCUUAUGGAUUAAAAUUGAUCACAGCGAGUGGUCGUGAUGAUACGGUAAUUCCAGUCCAUAGCAGAAAACCUCGAUGUUGUAAAUUUUCACCUUUUGAUUAUCACAUAGUGCUAUCGACUGGAGAAGAUCAUACACUAUGUGUUACAAGCUUUGACGAACAUCCGAGAGUCCAACAUCGUAUUCCUCUACCGUCUUCUGGUUGGUGUUGUUGCUGGUUGAGCGAGAGUGAUGUAGCAGUUGGUCUGAUUAAUGGUAGAGUUUUGAAAUUCAAUCUUUACAACCCAGCAGUUGAGCCUCUUGACAUAACUUUCCUCAGCGGACAUUUGCCUAUCAUCAGUUUGCAAUUUUGUGCGAAGAAAUCUUUGCUUUUCGUUACGUCGUUGAAAGAAUGUAUACUUUAUCAUCAUAUGCAACCACAUGUUUUGAUAUCUGAUCAAGGUUCUAUAAAUUCGUUUUGCUAUGAUCAGGAAAGUGGUAAUGUGAUGUUAACAUUUGCUCCUAGUCAGCAACAUGAAACAGUGACUCAUGUUUUGUACUCUUUGGAUUUAAACAGCGAGCAGAAGAAAGUACAUCAUAUUCAUACAUACAGAAGUCUUUCGAAAAAACUUACACGUGUAAUCAAAAAUGCAUUUUGGACUACGCCUUAUGGUCAACUUGCCGCAGUUUAUGAUGAAUCUAAUUCGCAUGUGGUUCUUUAUGACUGGAAUCGCAAAUGUCCGGUGGUUAUGAAACGUAUUAACGAUAUCAUUGUUGACAUCAAAGAAAUUGUAACCAGCGACAUGCAAAAAUUUCAGUUGGGAUGUUUAAGUGAAACAACACUGUAUUUCCUUGAAGCACAAUAUUAA